GCUAAGCCCAGGUUAGAGCGAAACACUUCGCUCCGUGUGCUGGUGUUUGGACUGGAGCUCAUCUUAGAUGACUUUCCCCCCCCCUGUUUGUGUGGGUUUUUUUUUUUUUUAAACAUUUCCUGUCUGGAGAGAAGAGUUUUUAGUUGGUUUACAGCACCAGUAAACUGAACAUGGAGUGCAGCUUUAAAUGCCAGCUCUGCCUCUACAAAUUUGGAAGGCUGUUUGAUUACAAGAAGCACAUAUUUUCAGGUGUACAUCACCAGAAACUGAAAGACCUUUUCCCAAAUGAUACGUUUCAGAAUGUUGCCAAAGGUGUACCUCAUAUCAUUUUUGCGGAUCCAGAAAAAAAGAAUUGCCUCAAACAUCCCAUUGUGGGCUUGUCUGCGCUGAGUCUGUGUUUCAGUCCAGAGUCACGGACCUCUUUUUACUUGUGUCACAUCUGUGGUGAGAAGAGUUUACCUAGUAAUGUUUUAAGGCACUUCUUUUCUAUGGACCAUUACAGCAACUACAUUAAUUGCAUGGAUCCCAAUGCAAUGAGUUUCUCCUGGAUCCCCAGCAAGAAAAUGAAAGAGACUGAACUCAAAAACAGAGUAAAAGAAGAAGCGUCUAUGGACUUCGAGGCAGAGUUUGACAAACUGGUUCCCUCUCCUCUAAACUAUCUGCGUCAUCGUGAUCUUACAGGCAUGCAGCACCUCGUCGAGUGCGUUUGUGUCGGAGCAGAUGAGAAGAAGCAUUACCUCUGCACGCUCUGCGGCCUAACAGUCGGCGCCCACAUGAUCAUCAAACACGUCCUGAGCUUUGACCACAUCUUUUGGUAUUUUAAAGUGUGGCAUCCCUCUACAUUGUUGUCAAAAGAGUGCUACUCGCUGUACAAUCCCUCCUUUGAAUCCAUGAUGCUUGCCUUGGCAAAGCAGGCGGAGAAGAUUCAUGGAAAAAAUGAUUUGAAACAAGUGAGCCUGGAGCCCGCUGAAUUCAAGUCCGUAAACUUUAAAAGCUACACAGAAGCUUUGACGACCCUGGAAUAUAUCAAGAAGUGCAGCUUGAAACCAGCCAUCAAACCAGGGGAGAAGCUGGGUAAUGUAUCAGGGAGUCUUAUGUUAUCAGACUUGAGUAACUGCUGUGUUCAGCACAGCUAUGUCAAACUUGGAGAUGUUCAAAUUGAAGUAAAAGUAUAUUUUGUUACUGUACAUGUGUAG